GUGUUUUUACUUCGUAUCUUCGUCACAUCUGUGUGUGUCAGACGAGACGCAUUUUUUCUUAAUUGUAAUUUUUUAAAGUUUUACGUCCAUUACAGUGUUCAAUUUGAUAAAGAGUAAACACAGAAAGGUCUCAAACUGGCGGAGAAAAAAGUACAGAUGGCUUUAUGCCAAACCUCAGUGCUGAAAGUGUAUCAUGCCGUUAUUGAGGAUGUCAUCAACAAUGUGCGCGAUGCCUUUCUGGAUGAGGGCGUCGAUGAGCAGGUGCUGCAGGAGAUGAAACAGAUAUGGCGCAACAAGCUAUUAGCAAGUAAGGCGGUUGAAUUGAAUCCCGAACCCGGCGAGCCAGGCCACCACCCACCGCCCAUUGUGGCCAAUAAUCCAAAGGUAAGCAAGAGCUCCAAGGCUGCUAAUGCCAAGGCUAAAAAAGCUGCCGCCGCUGCGGCUGCUUCACAGCAAAGCAACGGAGGUGGCACCACCGCUGGCACCGUCACCAACAGCACAGACAACAAUAAGCUGGCAUCGCCAUCGAUUGCGGGCAAAUCUGGAAAUGCCAUUACCGCAGCUGGCAGCGGCAUGAAGAACGGCAUUGGUAGCAUCAAACAGGAGGUCACAUCACAGAAUCCACCGCCGCUACAUCCUACAGGCGGCUCGACAAUGCUGCAAAAGCAACAAGCUACGGGUGGUGGCUCUACAACCGCUGGGCAGACUCCAAUUCCUAUUGUUGCCCAAUUGGAUCCCAAUCGCAUUAUGCCUGUUAACAUAACGUUGCCUUCACCACCGGGCUCAACAAAUCCUGAAUCUCGUGUGCUCACCAUACAGGUGCCGGCUUCAGCACUGCAGGAGAAUCAGCUUACCCAGAUAUUGACCGCUCAUCUAAUUUCAUCUAUCAUGUCAUUGCCUACUACGUUAGCCUCGUCCGUGCUGCAGCAGCACGUGAAUGCUGCUCUUAACAAUGCCAAUCAUCAGAAAAAUUUGGCAAUAUCCAAGCAGCUAGACGGCGCCUUAGACUCUUCAGAGGAGGAUGAAAGCGAGGAGAGUGACGACAACAUAGACAAUGAUGACGAUGAUGAUCUAGACAAAGAUGAGGAUGAUGAUGCAGAGCAUGAGGACGCUGCCGAAGAGGAGCCGUUAAAUAGCGAGGAUGAUGUCACUGACGAGGAUUCGGCUGAAGUGUUUGACACAGAUAACGUCAUUGUGUGCCAGUAUGAUAAAAUCACACGCUCGCGCAACAAAUGGAAAUUUUAUCUCAAGGAUGGCAUCAUGAAUAUGCGAGGCAAAGAUUAUGUAUUUCAAAAAUCCAACGGCGAUGCCGAAUGGUAAUCGAGCAGGACCGACAACAAGCAUAGUGUGAAAAUCCAU